AUGAAGAUUCUACAUCUUAUUAUUUUUCUUGUAAAUAUAUUUUCAAUAAUAUCUCAAUCACCUGAUCAACUUUAUGAUGAAUUAUUUCAAGCUGUACAAAUGCAACGUAUAUUUUCUGAUACGAAAACAUUUUGUGAUGUUAUUCCACGUGAAUUAACUCCAAAUGAAAUUCUUCUUUUAUAUCGAAACGAAUAUAAUAAAUCAACAUUUAAUUUAACAUCAUUUGUUUUAAAUAAUUUUAUUUUACCAAAUAUAACAAUAAUUGUACAUGAACAAUGGACAAUUGAAGAACAUUGUCAUCGUUUAUGGUCAUUAUUAACACGAACAACCAAUGAAAAUUAUUCAUCAUUUAUGGAUGUUCCAUAUCCAUUUAUUGUACCUGGUGGACGUUUUAGAGAAUUUUACUAUUGGGAUACUUAUUUUACAAUGUUAGGUUUAAUUCGAUCAAAUGAAACACAAUUAAUAAAAAAUAUGUUAGAUAAUUUUGCUUAUUUAAUACGAAAAAUUGGAUUUAUUCCAAAUGGUAAUAGAUAUUAUUAUGAAGGUCGAUCUCAACCACCAUUUUUUUCCUUAAUGACUGAAUUAGUUAAUCAAACAAAUAAUUAUCGUUAUGAAUUAGAAUUAGAAUAUCAAUUUUGGAUGACUAAAAGAAAUAUAACAUUAGAUGAUGGUACAAUUUUAAAUCGAUAUUAUGAUGAAUUCCAUGAUCGACCAAGAAUGGAAGCCUAUUUUAAAGAUGUUCAAUUAGCAAAUAAAAUAAAUAAUACAAAUAUAUAUGCACAUCUUCGUGCAGCUGCUGAAUCCGGUUGGGAUUUUAGUUCUCGAUGGAUGGAAAAUGAAACAGAUUUAUCAACAUUAAUAACAACACAUAUUAUUCCUAUUGAUCUUAAUUGUUUAUUAUAUCAUUUAGAAUUAACAUUAGGUAAAAUAGAGCAAGCUAAAUAUCGUCAACAAGCUAUACAAAAAUAUAUGUGGUCAAAUGAACGAAAAUUUUUUUUUGAUUAUAAUUAUAUAAAAAAACAAUUAACAAAUCGUUUAACAUUAGCAGCUGUUUUUCCUUUAUGGCUUAAUGUUGCAACUAAAGAUCAAGCACAAUAUGUUGCACAACAAAUUGAAUUCUUAUUUUUACAUGAUGGUGGUGUUGUUACAACAUUAGCAAAUCAAAGUUCACAACAAUGGGAUUAUCCGAAUGGAUGGGCGCCAUUACAAUAUAUUACAUAUCGUGCUUUACUUAAAACUUCUGGUUAUGAAUCACUUGCUCGAAUAAUUCGUCAACGAUGGAUGAAUAUUAAUGAACGUGUAUUUAAUAAUACAGGUAAAAUGAUGGAAAAAUAUGAUGUUAUCGAUACGAAUAAAUUAGCUGGUGGUGGAUUAUAUGAAACACAAGAUGGCUUUGGUUGGACAAAUGGAGUUUAUUUAGAAAUGCUUUAUGAUAAUAAUAAUGAUCCACAAUUAUCAAUAUGA